AGUAGCGUCACAGAGAGCUCGCAACUGUGGAGCACUUCAGCCAGGCAAAUCGCGCGCGUGUGCAUGCAUGUGCGCACACACACCUGACUGAAAUGCAAUGCACUUCAUGAAGCCGACUUGCAGACUAAACCUUUUUCUGCACUUUUAACUCGUGCAUGUGUGUGUGAGAGAGAUCACUACGCGAUUUUUGUGCCUGUAUUUGCGGCAUGACAUGCAGAUACUAGAUCAUCCUCAUCAGCAUCACCUCCAUCAUCAUCAUCAUCAUCCUUCUGUACUGUGGUUUAAUGGGGCUCCUGAGGACCAUGAUGCCGCCCAAGUUUCAGCUCUUGGCUCUGGUGCUUUUUGCGCUGGCCAUGCUCUUCAUCGAGAACCAGAUCCGCAAACUGGAGGAGUCCCGAGCAAAGCUGGAGCGCACUAUGGCCAGGUUGGAGCUGCAUGAGGUGGAGCAGAGGCAGAAUCACGACCUGGUUCGUGAAUCCCCCGCACCCACAGAGACUGAUGAUUUGCUCAUCAUCUACAAUCGUGUACCCAAAACUGGCAGCACGUCCUUCACAAACAUCGCCUACGACCUUUGUGCCAAGAACCGCUACCAUGUUUUGCAUAUCAAUACCACCAAGAACAAUCCAGUCAUGUCCCUGCAGGAUCAGGUGAGGUUUGUUAGGAACGUGACGUCAUGGAAGGAGAUGAAACCAGGGUUUUACCACGGACAUGUAGCAUACCUGGAUUUCUCCAAAUUUAGUGUGAGAGCGAAGCCCAUCUAUAUUAACGUAGUACGUGACCCUAUUGAGCGACUGGUGUCCUAUUACUACUUCCUGCGCUUUGGUGAUGACUACAGGCCCGGCCUGAGGCGGAGAAAGCAGGGAGACAAAAAGACGUUUGAUGAGUGUGUGGCUUCAGGGGGGUCUGACUGCGCUCCAGAGAAACUCUGGCUGCAGAUUCCAUUUUUCUGUGGCCAUUCCUCCGAGUGCUGGAAUGUCGGCAGUCGCUGGGCUCUGGAGCAGGCCAAGUACAACCUGGUGAACGAGUAUCUGCUGGUGGGUGUGACGGAGGAGCUGGAGGACUUCAUUAUGAUGUUGGAAGCAGCACUGCCCCGUUUCUUCAGAGGAGCCACUGAUCUCUACCGCACAGGUAAGAAGUCCCACCUGAGGAAGACGAGCGAGAAGAAGCCUCCGACUAAAGAGUCCAUCUCCAAGCUGCAGCAGUCUGACGUGUGGAAGAUGGAGAAUGAGUUCUACGAGUUUGCUCUCGAGCAAUUCCAGUUCGUCCGUGCUCACGGUGUCCGAGAGAAGGACGGAGAGCUCUUUGUGCUGGCGCAAAACUUCUUUUACGAGAAGAUCUAUCCAAAAGCGAACUGAAACAGGAGCAAAGCAUUGACUUUUAACCUCUGUAUUUUCCAUCAUCACCACGGAGGAGGACAAGGAAAGGAGAAUGAAAAUGGCGUCAGUGGAAAUUUAAAAAAAAAAAAUCUCUUUGUGGAUUUAUUUCCUCCUCAUAGUACAGAGUAAUUCUACUGUAUAUAUGCAGUACAGUAGAUUAGAAAGCACCUGUUUAUUGUAGAGAUGGAGAAUAUGUAAACUAUGUCACGAGUGGUGAUUACAGGAACUUUUAGAGUACCUUGAAGUCCAGUGCUUUUUUUUGUUUGUUUGUUUGUUUGUUUUUAAUUUUUCCCCCUUUCCUUUUCCUUCGUCAGACUUUAUGGCACCCUGGACAAAUUCAUCACACAUGAAAAAGGCAUUUGCUUAAAAUAAUUCAUAGAAAAAAGCGUGAGGGUACAUUGAAAAGGAAAUUCAACAGGGUGAAAAAUGGGGCUACUUUUUUAUACCAGCCAGCAGCACAUUAAAUGCGCCUUCCAUUUUAUUAUUAAGUGUUCCCCUCUUUGGCAUUGUACGCUUUUUAUGAUCGUAUGCCAUGUAUGGUGUUUAGUGUGAGUGUUACACACCAACAAAAGGUCAAGUAGAACUCAUUCAUAAUGUACAUAAUGGCUGUUUUUUGUAGUCGGACCAAAUGGCUCUAAGAGAAACCAAGUCAUUGAUGUUGACCUUCAACUUUGGAGUGCUAAGGGGAAAAAAAAAAAGAAGCAGCAGCAGUACUUGAAGUAUUCUGCUUUACGAUCCCAAAACAAUUUUUCUGUUUUUCAGUGUGAUUUUAAGGCUGAGGAUUUCCAAUAGAGAACUGAGGAAAACAAUCAAGUAACUUGUACUUUUGAUCCUCAGAGUGCAAGGAGUGCAGUCCACUGAGAUUUGAUGAAGAGGGACAGAAGAAUGUAACUGCCUUCGGCUGGGACCAUGGUCCUGCAGCUCCUCUGAGGAACACUAACUGGAGAGGUGGUGAUCUUUGUGGAGGCUCCAUGACGUUUGGAUGCCCUGGAUUAUCCAAAAAAAUGCCAACAAAACCAUAAGUGUUUAGUCAGUGCUGUUUUGUUUUGUUUUUUUGUUUGUUUGUUUUUAACUUUGUGUCUUUGCUACUGUAUCUGUAAAGAAGAGCUACUCAGAGAGGAGUCUGGGUACAGAGAGAUUGACAGCCUGGAACAGAAUUUAAUCGAAAUCAUCUGAACUUGUCCAUUUCCCUGACUGUGACAUGCACACUCGGACCCUAACUAGCUCCACGUUCAAUAGUGCCUUCAUAACCAAACGGUCAGCAUUCGUUCUCUGAAUGAUUAAAAACAUCGCUCACUUUUCUAGCCCAUGUGUUUUUUAGGUACCAGCUUUCUUUCUGAGUUUCUGUUGUAAAUGUUUUCUUGAUGAAAAUUGUCUUUAAUGCAUUUUAAU